CUUCCCCCGGCUCAGGGUCCCUCCCACCUGCUCGGCCAGCUGCGCAGCGUGGGAACGCCCCAGCUGGGCUGCAUGGAGCCGUCAGAACAAGCUGCACGGUUCCCAGCCUCCCCGCCUGCCCGAGCCCAGCACCGCUGCCUCCCAGCCGUCGCCCAGCAACCAGGCGGAGGGGCCAGCAGGCCAGGCAGGGAGAGGGGUCCUGAGAAAGGAGGGACUGGCGGCCUGGAUUCCUGAGUUUAGAACGUGCUGCGGUUAUCAGUGGUAACAAGGCAGCAGAGGGAUAUUUGUGGGGAAGGUUGAGGCGGGUGAAGCUGAGCCCCUCUCUUCUCAGGGGUCCCAGUUGUCCCCCAGGCACCCAAGUGCCCUCUUCUCGACCCCCAGGCCCAGGGGAGUCCCGGGCUCCGCCUCCCCAGGGCGCGGAAACCGGCGAGGCCCCCAGGGCUCCCAUUUAUAGCUCCGUUUCCACUCAGCGCAGUCCCUCCAGACCUGGGCUGAGCAAGUUUCUUCCACUCCCUCCCCUCCUUCUUCGUAACCCCAUGCCUCCCCCUCAACGCUGGCAGAGCACAGGUGUUCAACCCAACCGGGACCCCCUCCUUGAACCCAGGUGUUCCCGCUCCCAGACCCCAGUUGGGCUGGGGCGGCCUGGUCCCAGCCCUGCAAGCCCCCAUUCAUCCGCGCUUCGGCCGCAGUUUCUCAAUGAGAAGAGGGCGGGUCUCCCGGGGGGCGGGGCAGAGUGGGGCGGGGCGAGCGGGAUCAGACUGCCCCCCCCGGUCCCCCCCCCCGGCCUCUCAGAGACCCAGGUCGCGGAACCCGCAGGCGUUUCAGAGUGCGUGAGCCUGUGGACCAGCAGACUUGGGAACUCCUGGAGUCUUCUAGCCUGGGGCCGAGUCGAGCGCAAAGGGUGUUCCGGGCCAGGGUGGUGGGAGGCUUCUGAGGAAGAAGUUGGCAGAAAAGCCACUGGAACAGCAAAUCUCACGGACCUUGGGAGACACACACUCAGGAUGCUAGUGCCUGCCCUGCUCAUCCUCCUCUUCCGCUUCAGAGGGUGUGCAGGAACAUCGCCCCAUUUCCUGCAACAGCCGGAGGACCUGGUGGUGCUGCUGGGGGAGGAGGCCCGGCUGCCUUGCGCUCUGGGGGCCUACUGGGGGCUGGUUCAGUGGACUAAGGACGGGCUGGCUCUAGGGGGCGAAAGGGACCUGCCAGGGUGGUCCCGGUACUGGAUAUCAGGGAAUGCAGUCAGUGGUCAUCAUGAUCUCCACAUUAAGCCUGUGGAGCUAGAGGAUGAAGCGUUGUAUGAAUGUCAGGCUACACAAGCAGGACUGCGCUCUCGACCAGCCCAACUGCAUGUACUGGUUCCCCCAGAAGCCCCCCAGGUGCUAGGAGGCCCCUCUGUGUCUCUGGUUGCUGGAGUUCCUGCAAACCUGACUUGUCGAAGCCGUGGGGAUGCCCGCCCUGUCCCUGAGCUGCUGUGGUUCCGAGAUGGGGUCCAGUUGGAUGGGACCACCUUCCACCAGCCCCGGUUGAAAGAAGGGACCACUGGGUUGGUGGAGAGUACCUUAUCCUUGACCCCUUCCAGACGUGAUGAUGGAGCCACCUUGGUCUGCCGAGCUCAGAGCCAGGCCCUGCCUGUAGGGACGGAUACAGCUAUUACAUUGAGCUUGCAGUACCCCCCAGAGGUGACUCUGUCUGCUGAGCCACAGACUGUGCAGGAAGGAGAGAAAGUCACUUUCCUGUGCCAGGCCACUGCUCAGCCUCCUGUCACCGGCUACAGAUGGGCAAAAGGGGGCUCCCCGGUGCUUGGGGCCCGCGGGCCAAUGUUGGAGGUCUUGGCAGAUGCCUCGUUCCUGACUGAGCCAGUGUCCUGCGAGGUCAGCAACGCCGUGGGUAGCGCCAACCGCAGCACCGCGCUGGAUGUGCUGUUUGGGCCGAUUCUGCAGGCAAAGCCGGAGCCAGUGUCCGUGGACGUGGGAGGAGACGCCUCCUUCACCUGUGCCUGGCGCGGGAACCCACCCCCACGGGUAACCUGGACCCGCCGCGGUGGCUCGCAGGUGCUGGUCUCCGGGCCCAUGCUGCGUCUGCCGUCGGUGGGGCCCGAGGAUGCAGGCGACUAUGUGUGCAGGUCUGAGCCAGGGCUCUCGGGCCUGGGCGGUGGCACCGCAGAAGCUAGGUUGACUGUGAAUGCUCCGCCGGUAGUGACCGCCCUGCACUCUGCACCUGCCUUCCUGAGCGGCCCCGCCCGCCUCCAAUGUCUAGUUUUCGCUUCCCCUGCCCCAGAAGCUGUGGUCUGGUCUUGGGAUGAGGGCUUCCUGGCCUCGGGGUCUCAGGGCCGAUUCCUGGUGGAGACAUUCCCGUCCCCGGAGGGCCGCAGGGGACAGGGUCCCGGCCUGAUCUCUGUGCUACACAUUUCCGCGACCCAGGAAUCUGACUUUAGCAAGAGCUUUAACUGCAGCACCAGGAACCGUUUGGGUGAGGGGGGCACCAGAGUCAGCCUGGGCCGUAGAGACUUACUGCCCACUGUACGAAUUGCGGCUGGAGUGGCUGCAGCUGCUACGACUCUCCUUAUGGUCAUCACUGGGGUGGUCCUCUGCUGCUGGCGCUACAGCAAAGCCUCAGGCUCUUUCUCAGAGCAAAAGAACCUGGUGCAAAUCCCAGGCAGCAGCGGCGGCUCCAGUUCUCGAGGACCCGAAGAGGAAACAGGCAGUGGCGAGGACCAGGGUCCUAUUGUGCACACCGACCACAGUGACCUGGCUCUAGAUGAGGAAGGGGUUCUGGAGACCAAGGACCCAACCAACGGUUACUACAAGGUCCGAGGGGUCAGUGUGAGCCUGAGCCUUGGUGAAGCCCCUGGAGGAGGACUCUUUCUGCCACCACCCUCCCCCCAUGGGCCUGCAGAGACCCCUACAUACUAUGACUUCAACCCACACCUGGGCAUGUUCCCUCCCUGCAGAUUGUACAGAGCCCGGGCAGGCUACCUCACCACGCCCCAUCCUCGAGCUUUCAACAGCUACAUCAAACCCACAUCCUUUGGACCCCCAGAUCUAGCCCAUGGGACUCCCCCCUUCCCUUAUGCUGGCUUCUCCACACCCAGCCACCAACGUCUCCAGACUCACGUGUGA